UUCAAGAUGGCGGCUGUAGAAAUAGGUGUUUGUACUUGUCAACAAUUUUGCCUAAAAAUGUUUUGAACAAAACCGCUACUGCAUGGCAUGGAUAAACUCUAGAAUUGCAGAAAAGGGUAGCUUUAAAGAUGCCACCAGAAAGCACAAUUUAUCGUGAAAGUAGCAGACGCAAUGGCUGGUCUCUACCUCCCCAUCCGUUACAGUUUAUAGCAUGGCUAGUUGUCAUUUUCUUUGUUUUUAUUUAUUUUACCACCCUGGUCCCAGCUCUUACAUUAAAUUGGCAGCCAGCAGCUUAUAUUAUAAAUGGCAUAGGAUGUUUGAUACAUAUAAUCAGCCAUUUUGUUGCAGCAUCUAUUAAUCCAGCUGAUUCUUCAGUUGUAAAGAAAAAUAAUUUGAGACCAUCUGGUACAUUUGAUAGACAGAAACACAGACAUGUUAUAGAAAAUCAGUAUUGUUAUCUCUGUGAAGUCAAUGUGGGUCCUAAAUCCAAACAUUGUAGUGCAUGUAAUAAAUGUAUAGCUGGAUUUGAUCAUCACUGUAAAUGGUUGAAUAAUUGUGUGGGAAGUAAUAACUAUAAGUGGUUUAUUGCAACAUUAGUAAGUGGUUUAGUGGGAACAGCUAUGGUAUUCUGUGUAUCACUGGUAGAAUUUAUAGGAUAUUUCACUGAUAAAGAUGAUGGCAAAAUAUUGUUUCCAUAUCAAGAUACAAUUAAUCAGACUUUGGCAGAUUUUAAGUUAGUAUAUGGUGAUGUAUCUGAUACAGUAUGGAUAGGUAUUGUUGGAGCUACUGGUAUAUUAGGAUUACUGGCUUUACUUUUACUCAUUCAUCUCUUUAGUUUUCAUGUUUAUCUCUUAUGUAAGGGUAUGAGUACCUAUGAUUAUAUUGUACGUAUGAGAGAUAGAGAAGGUUUGAGGAACAUGGAUGAACCAAAGUAUGUUUCACCUAGAAACAAGGGGAAUAGAGUAACACCUUCCAAAUCUAAAGCUACAGGUGCUACAAUGUUGUCUGAAGGUAUUAAACCAUCCAAACAAGAAAGAAGAGAGCUUCAAGAGUAUAGAAAGGCACUAGAAGAAAAAGAAAAGUUAGAGGAUGGAGAAACACCCCCUCCUUCCUCUAGUCCAAUACGUCAAACUGAAGUAGAUGGGUCUAGAAAUACUGAUAGUGAAACCAAAAUAAAAAAAUUAAAAAGAAGAAAAAGAAAAUCUUUAUCAACAGAAAAAGAAAGACAAGAAAUCGCGACAAUCGAUAAUCAAAGUAUGUAUAAAACACCUAUAUAUAAUGAAAGACCAUUACCUAAAUCUAAUUCAACACAUCAACGGAAAUUACCUAUACCAAAACAACAACUUCUUGUGGAGGAUGAUUUGGAUUCCGAGGAAUCAAUGAAUGAAGUCAACCACAAUAAAUCUGUUGAUAGACAAUCACAUGAUAGUGGCGCUUACAUGACAGGCGGUCAUUCCAAUUAUUCUUCACCAGCCAGUAUACACUCCCCUACCUCUACAAAUAAUAAUAACCAUAUUAAAAAGACGAAGAAAAAGAAGAGAAAACCCACUCCUCAACUCUUCAGUGAUGAGGAAAGUAAUAACGAUCUAAACUCUACAACUAUGUUUACAGUUAACGAAACCGCUAAAUUUAACCGCGAUGGAUCUCUAGAUUAUUCAAAUGGAUUCCAGAAUCUGCCUCUUACCCCAAUACAGAUGCGAAAGAGGCCCAAAGAAAUUCCACCACUGGAUUUAUCUAUGUUACGUUCAAGCACAGAAUCUCAGAACACUUUUAAGCCCUAUAGUGGUGGAUUACGUGAUUCGGACACAUAUCGUUAUUUAGAUAGAGAAAAAAAUAGUAACCCAUUACUGCAAUCUGUACCAGAACUUGGAGGGGAUACAGAGUUAUAGAUCAUUUAUCAUAUAAUAUUGUGUUGUAUAAGAUAAACUAUUUAUUUAAACUUAUAGGUGUGUGAGCUAACUGUAUGAUUUACCUAUGGUUUUCUAUUUCAUUCCUAUACCUUUCACAUAGGUUUACAAUUUGUUUGGUUUAAAUUUUUAGUUCUACCAGUAAAAGAGUGUUAAAUACAGAUACAUCUAUUCCAUGUCAAAGGUAUGCCAUACAAGAAUGUAAAUCAUAGAUUGCAUGUUAUUUACUACAUAUCCAUGCUUAUAUUAAAAAUUGUUUCUCGACAUAAAGUACACUAUUACUAAAUAAUGCUGAAAUGCUCUAUAUAUUUAUUUUUUUUAUUUGCGCCAAAAAACAAUAUUUAACAAAUGAUAUUGCCUUGCCAUGGUACAAUGGAUUUGAAAACUGCUUGAACAUAAAACAUGUUUGUGUUUAUUUGAAUUGGAAUGCACAAUCAUUAAUUUAAAUUAGCUUUAAAUAUAAUUGAUAGUUAAAAGUAUUGUAUAGAUGUGCCAAAGAUAUGAUAUAGAUAAAUAUAAUAAACUUUUCCUGUCCAUGUUAGUACUUAACUUGUGAUACAUACAUCAUAACUUACAUUAUUUCAUUUUUUUUAACAAAUUUAUCUAAUGUUUUUAAUUAAAUUAUUCUAUUGAAUUUUUUUUUUACAUACAGUAAUAUCUUAUGCAUUAUAUUCUAGUUUCAUCCAAUCUCAUAUUAUUUUUUUUCUGAUAUUUUUGGUGGAGUAGGUCGUUUUUAUUUUAUUUUAUUUGUCAACUCAUAGCCCACACAUAUAUAGCAUAUGGUUUAUUUUAAACCAUUUUCAGACCUUUAAAGGGUCCUCCCAAAUAAAUGUUACCAAAAUAAAACCCAAAUUUAAAGUCAAAUCUAACAUAUAUCAUAAAAUCAUUAAAUUAAUAAAUUAUUUUAACCAUAAGUCAGUUCUAAAAUGUAUCUUUUAGAAGCUUAAGUGUGGGUCACCCCUAAUGCUUCCUAAAUAUCCCCCUACACCAGUUAGUGUAAUAUAAAACUUUGAUGAUGUGUGUGAAUUUUUGUUGUUGUUUUAUCAUAAGUUUUAUUCUUAACCAUGUUCAUAUAAAUAUAGUAUGUUUUAUACUAUUAGUAUUAACAGUAAAGUGUUAACUUAAAUGUAUUCCUAGCUGACAUACUCUAUGUUAAUAAUAGUGUAAACUAUGAGUGUGUUUACAAUAAAUUGGUCAGUAUUAUAUAGCUAGUAUUGUACUAUAAUCUAACUGUGAUAUAAAGAUGGAGUCAUCAUGUAUGUUAUUAAAUUCCUGUUUUUAUUUCAAUAUUUUAGCAAAUUAUUAUGUGGUAAGCAAAAUAUACAAUCAGAUGUAUGGUCUACAAAAAUAUAACUACACAUAACGGUCAAUUUCUUUAAUUCCCUUGGGUGACCGUUAUAUACAAGUUGAAUAUCAUUCAAAUAAUAGAAGCGUUUUGAAAUGAAAAGGAUCAGUUGGAAGAUUUUCCUAGAUAUUGCUUAUCUCUGUUUGUACAGGAGUGUUUUUUAUUCCGUUUUCAAAACUAGUAAUAUUCCUGAAAUUAUUUAUUGAAAUUACAGAAGUAUAUACACAUUUUUACAUAGUAAAAAUGCUACCAUCUUGAAAGAAAUUUGAAUCUGUUGUGCCAAUUGUGUAUAUAUAGUUACUGUAUAUUUAAUUAAAGAUCUUGAAAUCCAGUGAAUCAUUGAGAUUAAUAUAAUUCCGUCCAUAUUUACGAAUGUUUUAAAUAUCGACAUGAUAGUGUAUUAAUAUUCACUAUUCUUAUUGUAUAAGAUAUAUGCAAGUUUGUCAUUUGUCACUCUGUCAUGUAGCCAUUUUUGUUACAUUCUGCUAGUGAUUAAUUUCUUUUACAUUAUAAUUUUAUUUGUGUGUAUAUGUGACUAAGUAGAACUUAUUUUUUUAAAAUUUGACAUUCUAACCAUUAAUAUUUAUUUAUUCGUUGUGCGUCGUUUAUAAUAAUGUUCCAUUGGUGUACUGUAAUUAAGUGUGACAGUUUAUCAAGUCAAAAGGGGCUUCAAUUCCGACCUUACAUAACAUUAUCCUGUCAUUAGAUAUGAAUAUUAUAUUUACUUGUUUAUAUAAUAUUAACCUGCUAAGAAAUCCAGAUCUUAUUUAUUUGUGAUCUGAUAACUUGUAUUAUUUUCUUUUUAAGUGUUUCGAACCUUCAGCGAAAACAUGUAUUGUUUCUGUAAUGGUUUUAUUUAUUAUUUUUGGGGGUGGGGGGCAGGAUUUAGUCAAAGUUUGCAGCCAAAACUGUACAUGGUGCAAACAUUCUGCCAACAUAGAUAUUGUUGACCUCCGUGGAACUAUUUAUUAUAUAUAAAUUGGGUAAAUUUUGACAAACUGGAAUAGUUUUAUGGAUAGGACAAAAAAAAUAGCCACAUCGGUUAUUUCUCAUCGGAUCUUGGUCGCUUUUUCAUUUUUGGAAUCUUUGGACGAAUCCCAUAGGGGCUCUUUCUGAAACUUUUUUGAAUUUCUGAAGUUUGCUUGAAUACUUUAUAACCAAAUAUUUGCGAAAGUUUUCUUCAGCAUUUUUUCGAUAUUCAAGAUGGCGUAUCUCUGUCACUAUUUAAGGUACCAAGUUGAAACUGUGUAGGAAUAAAGAACACAUUGAUACCUUCAAAAUAGCAUAUUAAAUUUUUUUGUGACGGUUUCCAGAAACUUCUGGAAAUUACAGAGGACUUCCGAUUUUUCCCGAAUAUGAAUAGUUAUCUCCAUUUUAAAAAUAGUCUAAAAAUGAGAUAUUGAGGUGUUAACCCCAGAUAUUACCUUUCAUUUUCAGAGACUUUGUUCCAUAACAUUUUCAACCGUUUGGUCACCAUUUUGGAUUUUCCAAAAAACCUUCAAAUCGAUAUUUAGCCGCUGUUCUGAUUCCGAUUUUCGAAAACUUUUUUUGUUUUCGUACCUACUCCAAAUGGCAACAAUUCUUAGUGAGCCGAUUUUUGAAUUUUGAUUUUCUUUACUUCCGGUUUAACCUAUUAUCUGGUGACCUAACAGUUCAAUGACCCGUCACCAUUGCAUAUCUGAUGACCCUGACGUCUACUAAUAACUUCCGGUGUUAUUAAGAGUUAAAAAUAACAGGUGUUUCCACUUUAAUAGGUAUUGGAUGUUACUAUACUCUCAAUAGUUCAUGGUUUAACUUGAUUAUUGACGUGACAAUGUGUGAUCUGAUGUACUGAAACAUGUCAGUACUCUUUCAGAGUUCUUGUUCAGAUUUCUAUUUUGAUUCCCACCCCUGAUUUGAUAUAGUCACAACUGAUUCUUUGUCUUACUGUUUGUGAAUCAGUCUUGUCUUGUCUUGUCAUAUUGAUUAUUUUAUUUUUGAAGCCAAAUGUGAUAUAUUAUUGUUAUCUAAAUUAAUUAAUAUGAACUAUAUAAUAAAGUCUUAAUUGUAUAUAUAUUUAGAAUAUUUAAACGAUCAAUAAAAUUUUAACCGUAAAUUAAA